AUGUUUCCGUGUAUUUGACAGAUUGAAAAAAACACAUCGGGGCCACCAGCUGAAUACUUGGGCGACGAAGAUCGUCCCUGGGCCUCAUUGAAAGACGUACAGAUCAUCGGCUCCGCAGUCUUAAGGCUCCCUGGCAUUCACCUUCCUCGCACAAAUAGAAAUUAACCUCCGGAGCCUUCAGUAGACAUGGAAACGGGCAGUUCCGAACAAUCGAUCGUCAAAGAAGAGGUAUUGAUGAAAGGCAAAUGGGUUCAAGUUUUAGAGACAACCUACAAAGAUCCCACUGGCAAAACCAGAGUCUGGGAAACUGUCAAACGGACUACCAGAAAACAAAAUGCUCUGACUGAUGGAGUUGCUGUGUUUGCUGUGCUUAAAAAGACGCUGCAUUAUGACUGUUUGGUCAUGAUAAAACAGUUCCGACCUGCUCUAGGGUGCUACUGCCUUGAAUUUCCAGCAGGUCUGAUGGAUGACGGUGAAACCCCAGAAUGCGCUGCUGUGCGGGAACUUCUGGAAGAAACCGGAUACAAAGGCGAGACCAGCGGAACAUCGCCAGUCGUGUGCCUGGACCCUGGGUUGUCCAACUGUUCGACACAGUUUGUAACGGUUUAUAUUAACGGAGAUGAUUCAGAAAACAUCAAACCAAAACAGAGACUGGAGGACGGAGAAUUUGCUGAAGUUGUUUUGAUUCCCAUGAACGAACUUCUGAAGAAGAUUGACGAAAUGGUCCGGAAAGAGAAAGUUAUGGUGGACGCCCGGGUUUAUAUCUACGCAAUGGGUUUGACGCACGCAACUUCGAAGCCAAACAUGCUGCCUGUCCUGAAAGCUUGAAGUCACAACGGCACCCUCCUCCCUUUCUUCCUUUCCCUCCUUCCUACCCCCGCCCGCCCCCAACCUUCCUCCAUCUCCCUCCCUACUCAAUCUGCACCUGAAACUCACUUGGUGGAGGAUUGUGUUGCAGAAAGCCGCAUAGGAAGAAUAGUUUUGAGUAGAUUUGAGUUCUAUCUUCUGCCUGUUGUAUCGAUUAACAAACAGUUUUUUUUUUGCUGGUCAAAUGAACAGCCUCAUCUGUAACCUUAAGACCAUUGUCUUAAUUUGCAAGCCACUUUUCCUUUAUAAGAUGUCUGUGGAAAAGCGGCUUCCGAACCAAGACGGAACUGUUAAAAGAGUUUGACCAAAUCCUGCACACUCUUAAAUUUAAGUUGAUGGCCCUGAGGCUAAGACCAUGUAAAAUUUCAGGCCUCGGCUCAGCUUAAAGUGCCUCAGCGCCAGUGCAAACAGGCUUUUUCAAAAUCCCCUUCGAUUAUUUGACGACGACGACACAUGUUUGCAAUUGUUUUUAACCUUGUGCUGUAAAACUCAAUGCUUUAUGUAAACUACCAGUAUUAAGGUCAAGCGAUAAGCUUGCAUAGGCUGACUAACUGACCGGACAAGUUAAUGUUGCAACAACAACAAAAAAACUUGAAAAUUUCUACCUCGGAGCGAGAUCAGAAGUGUGCGGCUGGUUCAGAUCUGGGGAGAGUGGUGGGGGGGGGGAGGUCGCAUCAUUGGGACAUGGCAAUAGAAAUUGCCGCUCAACUGGAGUUCUGUAGCUCAGUGGUUAGAGCGCUCGCCUCGCAAGCGAGAGGACU